AUGAAUAAUUUAGUUGAACAAAAAUCACACUUAUUAGAUGAAAAAUUUGAACAGUAUGAUGAUGGUACUUAUGAAUAUGAUGGAAUUCUUUGGGAUUAUAAUAUUAAUCCACCUAGAAAAAUAAGAACAAAAUUUCUAGUUACCUUUACUGAAAGCAAAUAAAUCUAUUAUACUCAAGAUAAAAUUUGUAUAAGAAUGUAAUAACUAAUAACUUUAUUAGUUAUUAAUAUAAGAAUAUUUCUGAUAAACAUGAAGUGAUGAAUAAUUUGGAAUAAAUUUACUAUCUGUAAUUGAUAGGAGAGUAUGGGAAAAAUAAUUAAAAAAUUGGAAAAUGGAGAGCAACUUGGGAUGGAGAAAUUUUAAAAGAUGUAGGUGGAGAAUACUCAGAAGAUGGAAAAAAAUAAGGAUAAUGGAAGGAAAUAAAUAAAAAUUUUUGGAGGGAAGUUAAUUUACAAUUUUAUAGUUUAGCUUAAGUUUAUGAAGUAGGACAAUAUGUAAAUGAUUAGAGAAAUGGAACAUGGAAGUUCAUAUAUGAAAACAAUGAGAUGUAUUUUAUGUAAAUAUUAAUUAGAGGUGGUGGAAAAUACAAUAUGGAUAGUUAGAAGAAUGGUAAAUGGAUUGAUUUGAGCAGUGAAUUUUGGAGUGAAUCAUAAGUUACUUAUAGUGGAGAAUAUAAAAAUGGCAAAAAAAUUGGCAUUUGGGAUGUGUGGUUUUAUGAUGAUAAUGAUAAAAAAAAAAAUUAAUUGAUGUAAGAAUUUAUUUAACAUUUAACUAUUUUAGUGGUUGUGGAUUAUAUUAAGAAAAAUAAGGUGAAUCAAUAAAGAUUGGAAGGUGGUAUGAAUUGAGUGAUGAGUUUUGCAAAGAGUCGUAAAUUAUUUAUAGUGGUGAAUAUAAAAAUGAUAAAAAAGUUGGACGAUGGGAUAUUUUUUAUAGAAGGAAAGCUAAAUAUUAAUUUAAAUAAAUGUAAAUAUUACAAAAAAAAGCUAAUUUUUAGUGGUGGAGGGUCAUAUGAUGAAAAAUUAGAAGUAAUAGACUCAAAUAAGAUUGGAUAAUGGAUUGAAUUGGGCUAUGGGUUUAAGGAAGAUUCUUAAGUAAUUUUUAUAGGUGAAUAUAAAAAUGGUAAAAAGGUAGGUAAGUGGGAUAUUUAAUAUGAAGGAGAAUAUAUGUAAAAUAAUAUUAUUAAUUCAAUAUGAUAAAAAAUAUAGUGGUGGUGGAUAAUAUGAUGACAAAGUUGAAAAAGUAGAUUCGAUAAAGAUAGGGAAAUGGAUUGAAUUAUUUGAUGGUUUUAGUAAUAUAUCAUAAGUCAUAUAUAAUGGUGAAUACAUAAAUGGUAAGUAAGUAGGUAGAUGGGAUAUCUUGUAUAGAAAGAAAAAUGAUAUUCCUUUUAAAAUGAUGUACUUAUUAAAAAAAUAUUAGUGGUGGAGGAUAGUAUGAUGAAAAUUUAUAUAAAGUUGAUUCCAUUAAGAUAGGGGUGUGGAUUGAGUUGAGUGAGACAUUUUAUAAGUAUUCAUAAAUAAUUUAUAAUGGGGAAUAUAAAAAUGGGAAGAAAGUUGGUAAAUGGGUGAAAAUUGAUUUAAUGGCAAAUGAAUAAAUUCAAGAAAUAGAUUAUGAUAAUUGA